AUGCCUACCAACAACGACGAUAUUUGCAAUAAGCUCUCUGUGAUUCAGGACCAACUGACUGUUCUGACGGACCUCUUGAGAGAUCUAGUCAAGAAGCCAAAACGAGAGAGCUCCUCCGCCAAAAAAGUUUCUCAAGGGAUCGCGAUGAUCCCCUAUCCUGUGCAGUCAAUUACGCCUGAAAAGAGUCAACCCAAGCCUAGACCUGAACCAAGAGUGACAAAAGCAACAAAGCCUUCCCCGAAAUGUAGAUUGAAAGAAGGGCCUAAAAGACUUAACGAUCUGCUGACCUCCCAGUCAACUGCACCCUCGUUAAAAUUGGAUAAGGCACCAAUUGGUGCAGCAGCUCUGCAAAACUCUAAUAAUACUGCAACUAGAGCGGUCCCUAGGCCUCUUUCAGCCAUUCCGAGCUUCGCCCCACCAGCCCAACCCGCCGCUCCGGCUGGAUCCGUCAAACGACUUCGGCUAGAGGGGUUAAGUACAAGAAAAGGAUACGGUCCAAAGCACCUCAAAUGGUCUUAG